UAGGAACUUACUUUAACCAGUUCUCUUGUCCCCCCCUGUUAUUUUGUAAAUACUACAUUUUCUCAGCAUUUAAUGAGAUUGCAAUGCAUUCUGGUGUACUUUUUUGAGUCAUUUCUCUUUCUACUCAAAACAGAGAAACCCCAUUUCCUGACUUGCUGAAGAUUUAUAAUCUGAACAUUGCUGAGAAAUUUCCAUGGAGGUGCACAAGGCUCAUGAUGCGUCACAACUGCUUUGAGUGCAGACGUGCUACUUCACAGCGGAGUUUGGCAAACACUGUGACCCUGUAGUCAUCUGCCACCCCUGACUGCUAGAAUUUUUCUUCCCCCUCUUUAUAAAGUAUUUCUGAGCAGAACGGUUUUUUUCUUUGAUUUUUUUUUUAGGUUCAUCUAUAAUUUGAGAGACGAUGGCUGAAUACAAGAAUAUUGUUCUUCUAGAAGGAUUAGAGAACAUGGGGGACUAUCAGUUUAGGACAGUCAAAUCCUUACUAAGAAAAGAACUAAAACUUACUAAAAAAAUGCAAGAAGAUUAUGACAGGAUUCAGCUGGCUGACUGGAUGGAGGACAAGUUCCCCAAAGAAGCUGGACUAGACAAACUGAUAAAAGUGUGUGAGCACAUAAAAGAUCUUAAAGACCUUGCUAAAAAACUUAAAACAGAGAAGGCAAAAGUUCAAAAGAAAAAGAAAGGAAAAUGCAAAACGGCCAUGAAAAAAAAAAGGCAAAAUGAACUCAGUUCCUCUGAAUCUCUUUUCAUCAAUAAAGAAUCAAACAAGAGUGUGCCGUCUUCAAAGAAAAAGAGAAAACAGAUCACAAAAACUGAAGGUGGAAAGAAAAAGAAGCUCACUCAGGAGCAGGCUCAGCUUCCAGAAACUUCAGGAGCCAACAUAAAAAAAGAUGAAGAUUGUCUCCAGAAUCCUCAUAAGUCUCCAACACCACCACCCAGUAGUUCCUCAAACAAGAAGAAUCCUGUUGUGGCGUCCUUCUUGCUGGCAAGUCGGGCGUCUACAAGUGGUGCUGAAACCUGGGAACAAGACAUCUUAAGGCACAAACAAAGACCUCCAAGAAAGGGAGGAUUCAAAACUACAUUUCGUGAGAGAAUUAAGAAAAAGAAAAACAGAACCAUCCGAAAACAUAGUAUCUCAAAGACAGAGGGUCCUCAGGAAAAGCAACAACUUGUAGAAUUUUCAUCAACCAGCAACUUCCAAGCUGUAAGCGAACUCCUGACCUUUGAAGGACUUUCAGCAAUUUAUUCUAGCAGACUUCAGUCUUCUCAGAAGCCUCUAGAAGCUCACUUGGAUUUAAAGAUGUCUCCAAGCUCUCCAACAUCACCUUGCCCCAAUCUUCCAGUGUCUCUAUCCUCAGACUCAAAUGUUCAUCUGAACUCUAAUGCACAUUCCAUCCUGUUCAGUGGUGCCCAGGUUCCUCAUGUACCAUCAGCAACAGGAUUCAGUAAUGUCAGGGUCCCUCUUAUGCCUUCAGAAACAGUGUUCAGUUCUUCCAGUGCUCCUCAGAUAUCUCAAACAACAGUACCUAGCAGCAUCCGGGACCUUUACCUUCCUAGACCAGCAACAUUCAAUAGCACAGAGGCUCCUCACAAACAGGCAAUAGCAUCCAGAAAUGUCCAAACUACUAGAGUGCCAUCAGCAAAACUGACAAGCAAAUCCCAGCUCCUAAAGUUGCCUCCUCCAGCAACAGCAUCCAGCAAUGCUCAGGUUCCUCAUACUCCAGCAACCAUGCCCAGAAGCAUCUCUGUCACACAGGUACCUCAAACAACAACAUCCAGUAGCAUUCAGACUCUUAACUCUGCUACAGUAAAAGCAUCCAAGAAUGUCCAGGCCCCUCAAGUAUCUUUACCAAUACCACCCAAUUAUUUUCUGGCUUCUGUGGCACCUCUAUCAGCAACACCCAACUGUCUUACAUCUCCUGGGCCACUUUUGUCAAUAGCCACAAGCAGAGCCCAGACUACACAAAUUGAACCAGGAAAAGAAUCCAUUUGUGUCCAGGCUCUUCACGCUCCUUCAUCAACAGUGUCCAGAAGUAAGUGCACCACUCCAUUGACACAAGGGGCAGAAUCCAGUACUGGGAAAGCCCUUCCCCUUCCUAAAGUAAAAGCAUGCACGAUAUUCCAAGCACCUCGGGUGUCUUCACCAACUGCAUCCAGCAGUAUCAUGAAGUCACAUGCAACUUCAUCAAAAACAUCCAGCAGUCUCCUGGAUCAACAUGCAACUUCAUCAACAGCAUCCAGCAGCAGUCUUCUGGAUCUAAAGUUGUCUCCAGUAACAGCAUCUAGGGCUCUCAGUGCUAUUCCAGGGCUUUCAGAAACAAUACACAGUAAUCCAUCCAGGGCACCAAGGAGAGGAAUGGUAUCAAAGAAGCCUUCUAGGGAAGAAGGUCACCAUCAAGGUCCCAAACAAGUGAUGGUGUUGAAAGUAACAGAACCAUUUACAUAUGACUUUGAAGAAAAGAAAAGGAUGUUACAUGCUACAGUGGCUACUGAAACUGAGUUCUUCAGAGUGAAGGUUUUUAACACAGCUCUAAUGAGCAAGUUUAUCUCAGGAAAGAUCAUUGCCAUAUCACAUUAUUUUGGGCACAGUGGGUUUCUGGAGAUACACAGAGCUUCCUGUGUGUCUGAUGUGAACGUUAACCCAACAAUGGUUAUCUCAAAUACACUGAGUGAAAGUGCUAUUGCAACCCCGAAAAUUUCUUAUCUUUUCUCACAAGAAAAGGGGACAUUUGUGAAUGGAGAAUUUGUAGUAAUUAUGAAAACUGAGAGGCAUGAAUGUAUUUGCUAUGGAAUUGGAGAUGAUACAGGGAAAAUGGAAGUGGUGGUUUAUGGACGACUCACCAAUGUCAGGUGUGAACCAGGCAGUAAACUUAGACUUGUCUGCUUUGAAUUGACUUCCAAUGAAGACCGGUGCCUCCUGAGGUCUGUAAGGCACAGUUACAUGCAGAUGGUGAAUGAAUACAAGAGAAUUGUUCUGCUGAAAGGACUUGAAUGUAUCAAUAAGCAUCAUUUUAGCUUAUUUAAGUCGUUGCUGGCCAGAGAUUUAAGUCUGGAAAGAGACAACCAAGAGCAAUACACCACGAUUCAGAUUGCUAACAUGAUGGAAGAGAAAUUCAAAGCUGAUGCUGGAUUGGGCAAACUGAUUGAGUUUUGUGAAGAACUACCAGCUCUUAGAAAACGUGCUGAAAUUCUUAAAAAAGAGAGAUCAGAAGUAAUAGGAGAAACAUCACUGGAAAUAAAUAAGCAAGAAGCAGGUCCUGCAACACCUACAUCAACUACAAGCCACAUGUUAGCAUCUGAAGGAGGCGAGACUUCCACAGCUCAGGCGGGGACUUCCAUAGCUCAGGCACGGACUUCUACAGCCAAGAAAAGAAAAAGUAUGGGAGAAGAAGAGACUGGAGUGAAAAAGAGCAAGGCGGCUAAGGAACCAGAUCAGCCUCCCUGUUGUGAAGAACCCACAGCCAGGUGCCAGUCACCAAUACUCCACUGCUCAUCUUCGGCUUCUUCUAACAUUCCUUUGGCUAAGAACCAAAAUUCACAACCCCAGAACCAGAACAUUCCCAGAGGUGCUGUUCUCCAUUCAGAACCCCUGACAGUGAUGAUGCUCACUGCAACAGACCCAUUUGAAUAUGAAUCACCAGAACCUGAAGUAAAGAACAUGUUUCAUGCUACAGUGGCUACAGUGAGCCAGUAUUUCCAUGUGAAAGUUUUCAACAUCGACUUGAAAGAGAAGUUCACAAAAAAGAAUUUUAUCACCAUAUCCAAUUACUUCGAGAGCAAAGGCAUCCUGGAGAUCAAUGAGGCUUCCUCUGUGUUAGAGGCUGCUCCUGACCAAAUGAUUAAAGUGCCCAACAGUAUUAUCAGAAAUGCAAAUGCCAGUCCUAAGAUCUGUGAUAUUCAAAAGGGUACUUCUGGAGCAGUGUUCUAUGGAGUGUUUACAUUACACAAGAAAACAGUGAACCGAAAGAACACAAUCUACGAAAUAAAAGAUGGUUCAGGAAGUAUAGAAGUGGUAGGGAAUGGAAAAUGGCACAACAUCAACUGUAAGGAAGGAGAUAAACUCCACCUCUUCUGCUUUCACCUGAAAAGAGAAAACAACCAACCAAAGUUAGUGAGUGGAAACCACAGUUUCAUCAAGACAUCAAAGAGAGGAACUGUACCAAAGGAACCUGCUAAGGAAGAAGAUCACCAUCAAGGUCCCAAACAAGUGAUGGUGCUGAAAGUAACAGAACCAUUUACAUAUGACCUGAAAGAGGAUAAAAGGAUGUUUCAUGCUACGGUGGCGACUGAAACUGAGUUCUUCAGAGUGAAGGUUUUUGACACGGCUCUAAAGAGCAAGUUCAUCCCAAGAAGUAUCAUUGCCAUAUCAGAUUAUUUUGGGUGCAAUGGGUUUCUGGAGAUAUACAGAGCUUCCUGUGUCUCUGAUGUGAACGUUAACCCAACAAUGGUUAUCUCAAAUACACUGAGACAAAGAGCUAAUGCAACUCCUAAAAUUUCUUUUCUUUUCUCACAAGCAAGGGGGACAUUUGUGAGUGGAGAGUACUUAGUAAUUAAGAAAACUGAGAGGAAUAAAUUUAUUUACUAUGGAAUUGAAGAUGAAACAGGGAGAAUGGAAGUGGUGGUUUAUGGACGACUCACCAAUGUCAGGUGUGAACCAGGCAGUAAACUUAGACUUGUCUGCUUUGAAUUGACUUCCACUGAAGAUGGGUGGCAGCUGAGGUCUGUAAGGCACAGUUAUAUGCAGGUCAUCAAUGCUAGAAGGUGAAGGAAAGCCACUCAACCCAGACACCAACAGGAGAACCUCUCUGGAACCAUACUUCUGAUAACAUGAAUGCCAAUGAUAUUUUUUGUGGAGAUAAGAUUCAAUUACAGAAAAUAGAUGUGCAUAGGCCUGUUGAAAUAUCAGUCUUAUAAAGACCAUCUCCUAAUUCUAGGAAGUGGUGUAUUCUUAUAUUCUUUACACAUUUUCUACAUCUAAAUUCAUUUGUUGUCUCUAUAACUUCUAAAACUGUUCAAUUUGCAAUUUUUAUAUCUAUAACAUUAAAAGAAUCACACAAUUUCUGUAAAGCAGUGUGCCUUUGGAAGUAUCAUUUAAACAUUUGAGAUGUGCUUUAAAAUAAAUAGUGACCCUCAGAUAAAGCUGGAGAAUACAGACACCAAGUGUAAUGUGUAAGGACAAACCAUGUUCAGGAACAAAGGUUGUCUAUUCUGCCCCUUACUGUCAAGGUAUUAAUAAGAUAUGAGAGAAGGUAGAACUCAGCCUUGAGUAUAGUUCCAAAAAUAAUAUGCUGAGAACAGGAUCAAGUCUUCACACCAGCAAUGCUGAGUAAUAUGAGUGCAUUAUAGAGUUCAGAUAUUGGAAAAAAAUCACCAGAAUGAGGUGUUUAGAGUGGGGCAUAGUAUUUUUAACAGUAAGGAAUCCCAUCUUCAAUUCCAGAGUCAAAUAAAAUAACUGCAAGUCUUUAAAGCCAAAUGAAGAAGGCUUAUGAUAAAGGAAAUCAAGGGAAUUAAGAAAUUGAUAUUCUCCCAGAGGCCUUUCUAGAGUAUUGCUUACAUUUCUCUCUGCUGUGAAGACUUAUUUUAUAAAGCAACUGAAGGAACAAUAGGUUCAUUUUGCCUGUAGAUGAAUGAUAGAGAAGGGUGAGAUGGCUGGCCAUGUACCUGCAGUGAGAAUUGAGUUCUAGAGUUAAUCUAGUUUAAUGGGAUGUGUUCAAUUCACAGUCACUUCUCAUCAAUAGAUUAAUGUCACUGGAAAGCAUUUCUGCAAGGAAAUUCUGUUGGUUUUUGUUAUUUGUUUUGCUUUAGCUUGCUCUUCUAAACUGUCAGGGUGAGACUAUUGUCUAGCACCUUGAAAGUCCACUUGUCUUGUCCUAUAAGCACAAUGGACUUUCCAACCAGAUAUCAUUAUCCACACCUACUGUGUACACACAACAUUCUCCGAACAAUACACCUGAAACCUAUUGCCAACAUGGGCACCCACAUAUAUCAGAUUGCAAAUUUUAUAUGCUGUGAACCUUGGAAAUGAUUACUGUCCUUAGAAAAACCUUCAGUAAAAUCUUAUUUACAGUCAAAUAUGUCACAAAUCCUUAUUGAUACUGUGAAAGAUGGCCUGAUCCAGCCUAGACUAGUUUGAGUAACUGUACAUCCAGACAAAUUGUGUCUUUAAAGUGAACUUUUACGAUGGAUAUCCUGUUUACCACCUCCUUCCUAUGUACACUUGUGUGUGUGUAAUCAACGUAAAGUGCUCUGUGGAAAGGGACAUGCAGGAGGAAGAAAUGUCUCCCUCAUCUAAGCCCAUAAGUUGAAAUAAAGACUUGCGUAUGCUACAUCCCUUCAACAAAACAGCUACUGUUCUUGAACUCCAUGAAAGAAACUCCAAGCAAAACCUGGAGCCUGUGAAUUCCUUUACUAUAAGGCCUACAGUUGCUUCUUACAAUACUGCUUUCUGAUCUGUACUGUCAUUUUGCUGUGAAUAAAUUUUCACUAAAAAAUCUGCAUGAGCCUUUACCCCAAAUCUUUGAA